AUGAACAAAUAGACGCGAGCUCACAUUUAUAGUGGGCGUUGCUAGAGUACCAUUUGCUAAAAGGGACAAACGCUGAAUUCUGCAGUCUGUGUUCAUUGAUAUAAGGAAUCAGAUCUCAACCUUUAAUUUCCUCACAGCGACAUAAAUUCGAGGUUCAGCGGUGCGAUGGCAAAUGAAGCAAAGCCCUGUCCAUGUGAUAUUGGGGAUAAGAUUGAAUAUGGGGGUCUUGGAGAGGAAGUUCAAAUCGAGCACAUUAAAGCUUAUGUGGUGAAGCCUCAAGCAUCAGAGAAGGCCAUUAUUGUAAUUCAAGAUAUUUUUGGAUGGCAGCUUCCAAACACCAGAUACAUGGCUGACAUGCUCUCAGCAAAUGGAUACAUUGCAAUAUGUCCAGAUUUCUUUGUCGGAAAAGAGCCGUGGAGCUCAUCUCACGACUGGUCAACAUUUCAGCAGUGGCUUGAGGACAAAAAGCCUACAGACAUAAAAAAGGAAGUGGAUGUUGUAUUGACGUACCUUAAGGAGAAGUGUGGUGCAAAGCAUAUAGGUGUUGUGGGUUUCUGUUGGGGUGGUGUUGCCACACACUACAUUGCUCUUCAGUAUCAAGAAAUUAAAGCUGGUGUCUCGGUCUAUGGUAUCGUUAGAGAGCGGGAAGACAGGUUUGAUCUCAAGAGUCCAACCCUCUUCAUAUUUGCAGAAAAAGAUUCAGUCAUUCCACUUGAUCAGGUGACCAUAUUAGAGACAAGACUGAAGGAAAAGUGCACUGCUGACUUCCAAGUGAAAAUCUUCCCUAAUCAGACACAUGGGUUUGUCCAUCGCAAGAGGGAAGACAUUAACCCAGACGAUAAACCCUACAUACAGGAAGCCAGGAAAGAUAUGAUCAACUGGUUAAAUAAGUACAUGUAAACUUCAACAGGUUAAAUGACUGAGGAGAAGGUUAAACACUCUGUAAUGAAAGUCUAAUGAUGAGAAGCAGUCAAUCUGAUGACAUUAAUUUGAAAUCCAUUUGAAAGCUCUUGUAGUUCUGCAUGUGUAUUUUUGAAUGAUGGCACUUUUUUUUUUACUCAAGAUUAAAAAAAAAAAAUAAUAA